CUCUUCAACGCCAGGACCGGAUCAUUGGGGGAGACAUAGAAGCCUGGAAUUUUCAGCUUCGUGACCAGAAGAUAAAAGAAGCAACUGAAAAAGCUAGACAUGACACUUUUGCUGCUGAAAUGAGGCAUAAUGACAAAAUCAUGUGCAUAUUAGAAGAACGGGAAAGGAAAGAUAAGAAAAAUCUCUGUAGAGCUAUCAAUGAUUUCCAACAGAGAUUUCAGAAGCCAGAAACUCGCCGUGAAUUUGAUCUGUCUGACCCCCUAUCCCUUAAGAAAGAUAUUCCAGCCCGGCAGUCAGAUAAUGAUAUUCGGAAUACAGUAUCAGGAAUGCAGAAAUUCAUGGGAGAAGAUUUAAACUUCUACGAAAGGAAGAAAUUCCAAGAGGAGCAAAACAGAGAGUGGUCCUUUCAACAGCAAAGGGAAAGGAGGAAUGCCCGUGCUGUCCAAAAAUGUGCAGAGAACCUCUACACAGAGACAAUGCUGCAGUUUGAUGAAACAGCCAGGCACCUACAGAAGCUGGAAAGUGCCACCAAAAAGGCAGUUUGUGCAGCUGUGAAAGAAUUCAACAAGAACCAGGCCAUGGAGUCGGCGGCAAGGAAAAAGCAAGAGAAAAAGCAAGAAGAGGAGGACAACCUGGCCGAGAUCUCCAGCCUCCUGCAUGGGUCCCUGCUCUCUGAGAACCCGCAGCAGGCAGCCAGCUCCUUUGGGCCCCACCAUGUGAUCCUGGACCGCUGGAAGGGCAUGACCCAGGAGCAGCUGGAGCAGAUCCGCCUGGUUCAGAAACAGCAAGUCCAGGAGAAGCUGAGGCUCCAGGAGGAAGAGUACCAGCGAGACAUGGACUGGGACCGGAGGCGGAUCCAGGGGGCCCGCGCCAACCUGCUGUUGGAGCGCCAACAGCUGCGCCAGCAGCGAGACCUGCGCAGGGCUCUGGACAGUAGCAACCUCAGCCUGGCCAGGGAGCAGUGCUUGCAGAAAAAAUAUAUGAAUGAAGUCUCUAGAAGUCAACCCACAGAAGAUUACUUCAAACAAUUUAAUUCAAGAGGUCGAUAAUGAAAAAGACAUCCUCAUUCCCCUCAUUUAUGUAUAAAUUACAGCAACCUUAAAGAGUCA